GCUUCCAUCCACCGCUUCCGCCUUCCGCCCCGCGCCGGCUUUGGGCUCUACGGUCGCGGCGUUCCAUCCUCCCGUGGCCCUUGUGGCGCCCGAGCCCGCGAUGUCGGGCCCCAACGGGGACCUGGGCGUGCCGGUGGAGGCGGGUGCGGAAGGCGAGGACGACGGCUUCGGGGAAGCAGAAUACGCUGCCAUCAACGCCAUGCUGGACCAGAUUGACUCCGUGCUGGACCACCUGGAGGAGAAGAACGACCGCCUGCACGCCCGGCUGCGCGAGCUGCUCGAGUCCAACCGGCAGGUGCGCCUGGAGUUCCAGCAGCGGCUCGGGGAGGCGCCAGGGGAGGCCAGCCCCUAGGCCCUGGCCCGGCUCUGGCCUGGGCACCCAUCACCUGCCUCAGACACCCUGUCAAGGGCUGGCCUUCGGGCCCCCUGGUGAGUCUGCCUACCUGGGCCUCCCUCCACUGCCCGGCAUGCCCUCCUGGGGCCAGGUGGGGCCUGCCACCACCCACCUCCCUGCCUGUCCGGGCCCUGAGUGUCCACAUUAAAAGGGUCUCCGACUCCA